GAUGCAAGGCUCUGCUCAUGCAGCAUGCAGCCACUAACUUUAGUGAUUGUACAUGUUUUAUACAUGAGUUUGAAUGCAAUGCCAUAAGCUACAUGUAACAGGCAACUAAGGUACCGGUACAUUCUCGCACAGCCAUACUUGCUAAUACGGUACCGGUACGUACAGGUAGAAUGUCAUAUGAUUCACUCUCCAACAGCAAUCGAGAGUCUUGGAGUAGACCAAGCUUCUGGGAAUCUGUCUGCACCAAGCUUUCCAUCUGUAACGGUACUAGUAGAACAACUCGUACCGGUACGACUGCCAAGGACGACGUCAAGUCGGAAGAAGCCCAACGGCGGCGUCAUUGUCUGAACCAAGAUGGUUACGUUCGAGUAGACGAACCGCUAGAUCCUGGCUUGGUACAGAAACUUCGUGCCGGCGUGGAAUCACUGCAAGCAGUAGGUUACCCAGCCUCCUUCAUUCUCCUCUUUGACGAAACAUGGGAGCUGGCCAGCGUUUCACGGCACAUUAUGCAGCAGUCGACGCACCACAAGAAUCAAUUCAAUUUUGACAUUUUGGCAUGGUACAUUCAAGGCGAAGGAUUCAGUCCUCAUCGCGAUCGUCAACCUGAAAACGUAAAACACAGUUUCCAUGGUGCUGCUGAAAAUGACAAUGACAAUGACAAUGACAAUGACGCCAAGUUUGUCACUCAUUGGAUAGCGCUCACGGAUGCCACUCCUGAAAACAGUUGUCUCUAUGUCAUACCCAAACCACACGAUCCUGGAUACAUGAGUGGAGACACGGACACACAAGACCCCUUGCAACGCGCCCUACCCAACAAGCAAGCCUUUCAACACAUCCGAGCACUGCCAAGAAAACAGGGCACGUCAUUGCUGUUCACGCAUAGGAUCAUUCAUUGGGGGUCCGCAAGAGAACCAAACUCCAAAAUGCCCCCUCGAGUUGCCAUUUCCUUUGUCUGCAGUGAUCCUGCCUUUGAAAAAAGCUACUUGACCCGUGCAGAACAACAUUAUUUCUGCUCGUCGUCGUCAUCAUCAGAGAUCUCAAGUGGGCCUCCAUUUCACAUUCGAUUGCUAUUGGUGUGCGCACAGUUGCUCAUCUAUUACCAACGAUUUGACUUAUCCAAGGAUACGGUUCAAGCGUGUUAUCAAUAUUGCAAAGACCACGAGGACGAGUUGGAGGAAUCGUACCGGCAAAAAGUAUUUUUGGAAUAUGUCAAGGCCAUGAAGGAGCAGCAGCAAAAGCAAAAGCAAAAGCAAAAACAAAAUCAAACAGAGGACAAUAAUUGUAAGGCUGCUGCCGAGAAGGAUGAAAAGCUGAAAGAGGACAGAGAGGACGACGAUGACGAUGACGAUGACGAUGACGAUGACGACGAAGAAGAAGCCAUGUUGGAAGAAAUGCUAAAUGCAGAGACUGGAGGGUACGGGGACCAGUUUGAAGAUGACUAUGAUGCAGCCAAUGACGAUGAACCUGAGGAUGGAGCUCUAGAUCUCCAGGAGAUGAAUAACGACAAUGACGAUAAAAAUGACGACGAUGAUGAAGAGGAGGAAAGUGUCUCGCUGUUCGGAAAGAGAUCAUCCACCGAUUCUGGGGAGAAACAGGGACGUGCCUCGAAACGAUCCAAACAACCCCCGAGCUAGCCAAUGAAUGCGGUACGAAAGGUGCCGGUACCGGUACGGUAUUCACCCCUGGCAGCAACUUUUAAAAAAAUGAAAGAGAGGUGCAAUUUGGGUUGCUUACCCGGUGCCUCCUUUUUACUACAUGUAGAGAGCAGGAGUGCCUUCCACCAAAGAGGUUCAACUUGGCUGAAUGGCAUACUAGCUAGUACCUGCACUUUCACUAUUAUAUUGUAUUCAUCUAUGCAGACAACAUGGCGGCCCGGGAUGUUCAAAUAGCCUCACAUUGUCUUUUGUGUCGAUCACAUUCGAUUGAUUCAUCUUCGAAUACAUCAUGUACUAGUACAAAAAUGCAUUCGAAUACUCUAUGUAAAAUCAUGAGGUCCC